UGGUGUCACGUGCGCGCCCCUUCCCGAGGGCGGCGACCGGCACCGGCGGAAAGUUACCGGCAGGGACUGAAGUUACCGGCGGGACCGCGGCGGCGGCACCAGGUGGCUGUCCCCAUGGCGGAGGACUCAGGCUCCCGGGACUCGGACGGCAGCUGGGUGCUGGCGGGCGGCGAGGUGAGGGACCCCCGGAGCUGGGGGGCAGCGGGGGGGGCCGGGGACAAAGGUGCCACCCGCGCCCCCCCCUCCCAGGGCCUGCCCGUCGACACGGUGGGUCCGGAGCAGGAUCCGGCCUCUCACGGGGCCGAGGAUGAGGAGCUGGAGGAGGAAGGGCAGGAAGGCGCCCAGGACCCUGUCCCAGCCACCGUCACCAGGCAGACCCCGCGCCCCGAGGACGCCGGGCUGGGGGUGAGCCAGGGCGCUGGGGGGGUUGGUGUCCUGCCCGCCCCGAGGGGACGCCUGAGCCCCCAGCACCCAUGUCCGCAGGACCUGGAGGACUGUGGGGACACGGGGACAGUGCCCACCCCGGACGGCUUGGCAGAGCCCGGCACGACGGAUGGCGGGGAGCCGGAGGAGCCCGAUGCCGAGGCUGAGCCAGGACCCUGCCCCGACGCCCCCAAAGCAGGGCCACCGGCGGAGGAGGGGAGCUGCACCAGCAGCGACGAUGAUGUGGAGGGGCUGCGGCGACGGCAGGGCCACGAGCCCCGGCCCGGCCCCCCUCCUCCUGCGCCUGCCCCGCACCGGGGGAUGCCGGACACCGGUGAUGAGGACGGGCUCAGCAUGAGCAAGUACCUGCUGGGCGCCCUGGCGCUGGUGGCCGUGGGGCUACUGGUCAUCUCCGGUGGCAUCUACGACCCGGCUGACGGCCCCGUGGAGAGCGUGGUGACCCGGGACGUGUCUGCCGAGGAGCAGGAGUUGCCGCUACCUGCCGACGGCAAUGACUCGCAGCAGAAGCCCCCCCCAUCGGACGCUGGGGACCCCCAGAGCUUGCAGUCUGUCACCCUCCUCCUGGACAAGCUGGCCAAGGAGAACCAGGAGAUCCGGCUCAUGCAGGCGGAGCUGCAGGCCCACAAGGACGAGCUGCGUUCCCUGCUGCAGAAGAGCGAGGGGGAGGUGGCGGCGGCCGGGGCGCAGCAGCAGAGCCUGGCCGCCGAGAACGCGCGGCUGCGCGCGGCGCUGGAGCGGGAGGCCACCGCGCUGCGCGACGCCCGGGCCGAGCUGCAGCGCCUGCGGGCUGCGGAGGCGCCGGGCGGCCACGGGGCCGGGGCACCGGCGGCAGAGCAGCCCCCCGGUAUGGGCGCCGCAGCCCGUGGUGAGGACGCGGCGCGGCGGGAGGGUGCCCGGCUGGCGUCGGUGCGGCGGGAGCUGGCGGGGGCCCUGGAGCGGGCGCGGGGUCCCGGGGGGCUGGAGGGGCUGGUGGAGGAGCUGAGCGCUCUGGAGCAGCGCCUGGGCCGGGAGCUGGAGGCGCUGGGGGCCGAGCCCUUCCCCGGGCCGUGGAAGAAGCCGUUCAAGGCGGAGAAGAAGGAGAGCAAGCGGCACAAGCGGCGCGGCGCCGGGGGGGACCCCCACGGGCGGGAGAGGAGGGAGCAGGGCAAACCCCACGGGCACGGGAAGGACCCCCGGCCCCCCCAGGAGCACAAACAGGGCAAAACCUGGGGGAAGUCACCCCACGGUCCCCCCCGGCGCGGCCCCCGCGAGCUGCCAUCGCUCAGUCGGUACCGGGCACCCCAGGGCUGCUCGGGGGUGGCCGACUGCGCCCGCAAAGAGGGUCUGGAGGUGCUGGGGGCCGCGCUGGAGCCGGUGCAGAAGGCGCAGUUCCUGCGGUUGCUGGAGGGUUUCAUGGGGCGGCUGGGCUGGGGGGAGCAUUUCGGGGGGCUGGCGGGGCGGCUGGAGGGGGUUUUCGGGGCCGACGGCGUCUUCGCCCACGACCGCCUGCGUUUCGUCGACUUCGUGGACGACGUGGAGGAGCUGCUGGAGGAGGUGGCGCGGCGGGAGAGGGGCGACGAGGAGGCGGCCGACGGCUUCGAGGAAUACGUGCUGCGGCACUACGGCGGCGGCGCUGGGAAGGAGCGGAGCCGGACACCCAUGGCGGGGUAGAGCCCCCGCUGCAAGCCUUGAUCCAACACCCCCGGGCAUGGAGGGGGGGGGGGGGCGAUGGGGGGGGGGUUGUGUGUCCACGAGCCGGGUUUGGGGGACCAG